AUAUGCCACAAGUGAAUGUGACCCUCAGGCCAAGAAAGGCCAGCCACUCCUGCUCUACAUGCUAUUUUGACUCAUGGGCCACUGUUGAAUGCUCCACACAAGGUUACUAAGAUUUUCUGCAUGCUCUCAGUAUGCUUUCAAACCACCCUCAGCUUGUCUUGUAGCUGUGUGGCACUGAUCUAAUGAUCCCUUGAUGCAAGAAACAUUCCUUCUUACCAGGUCACGUAACCGUAUUGAUGAGCUGCCCCGACACUCCAAAGAUGGUCUCUGUUUCUGAAAUUUCUUUGAAGAAUGUUAUGCCUUUUAAGACUCAUGUCUACAAGAAGACCUCUCAUGACAAAGCUGUUACGAUCUACAUAGGCAAGCGAGAUUUCAUUGACCAUGUAGAUGAGGUGGAACCUGUGGAUGGUGUGGUGUUGGUUGAUCCUGAUAUUGUAAAGGAUAAAAAAGUGUAUGUGGCACUCACUUGUGCUUUUCGGUAUGGGCAAGAAGAUAUUGAUAUAAUGGGCCUGACUUUCCGGAAGGACCUCUAUUUUUGCAUGGUACAGGUAUACCCAUCGCUAGAAAAACAGAGACCGCUCUCCAGCUUGCAGGAAUGCUUACUGAAUAAACUGGGUAAAAACGCACAUCCUUUUGUGUUAACAUUUCCAGACUAUCUACCUUGCUCAGUAUGCUUGCAGCAUCCCAAGGAUGUCGAGAAGUGCUGCGGGGUGGAUUUUGAGGUCAAAGCAUUCUCGACAGAAAAUGUGGAAGAGAAGGUUCUCAAGAGGAACUCCGCACGCCUGCUGAUCCGCAAAGUCCAGUAUGCUCCAGAAGUGCCAGGACCCCAGCCUCAUGCAGAGACCAGCUGGCAUUUUUUCCUGUCAAAGAAACCAUUGCACCUGAAGGCAUGCCUCAGCAAAGAGGUCUUUUACCAUGGUGAGGCAAUCCCUGUUACGGUGACUGUGAUCAACAAUUCUGAUAAGGUGGUUAAGAAGAUCAGUGUGUCAGUGGAACAAGUUGCCAAUGUGGUCCUGUACUCCAGUGAUUUCUACACCAAGACAGUAGCUCUGGAAGAGGCAGAGGAAAAGGUACAGCCCAACUGCAUCGUCUCAAAGACUAUAACAGUUCUGCCUUUGCUGUCAAACAAUCGAGUAAAACUAGGCAUAGCCCUGGAUGGGAAGCUAAAAGAUGAAGACACCAACUUGGCUUCUAGUACCAUUAUUAAAGAUGGGCUAGACAAGACAGUUCUGGGGAUCCUGGUUGCUUACAAGAUAAAGGUGAAGCUCACUGUCUCAGGCCUGCUGGGAGAUUUCAUUUCCAGUGAGGUAGCCAUGGAACUGCCCUUCCGUCUGAUGCACCCCAAGCGAGAGGAGGAAAACACAACAGGUCAUGACCUCAUGUUUGAAGAGUUCUCUCGCCAGCAGCUGAAAGAUGAGGAUGAGAAGGCGGAAUCACUAAAUGAUGAAUGACAGAAAAAGGAGGCUGAGCCAGCUAUGGAAGCCACACAAUUUGUGUCUAAUGGCAAACACAGAGGGAAGUAAUUCUAUUAAACAGCAGGAGAGUUUUCUUUUUUAUGUCAGUUAACACUGGUCUUCCCUCCCUUUUUUAGAAUAAAGAAACGGAAUAUUUAAGAUGAUUGUGGUGGUGGUUUUUAUUUAAAUCAGUUGCCUCACUAUAAACAUCUAGUUGCAGCAAGAGUGAAUCCAGUAUUAUUUGUUUAGAAAAUAAAAAACUGCUUAGCAUAACAAACCCAUGUCCCUGAAUUAAAUGGAAGGCUGGGGGGUGCUACUUUGUUUGCUUGAACUUUAACAAAGGAACAAACUGAAACCAUUCACCCUUCAAGAAAGAACUUCAAAGUGCUUCAUCUAUUACAUUUUGUAUGUGUUCAUAUAAAAAUAUUAAAUAUGUUGGAGGCAAUAAGCAUGUGCUUGUAUUGAUCAUCUGCAUUACAUCUGUCGGUGUGUGUGAGGGAGCAACAAUUGACCACAGCACCUUGCUUUAUGUACAUAUAGUGGCAAAUAUAGGUUUGCUGCCAUUUAACUUGUAAUGCAACCAUUCUGGGCCUAGUUCCCAGCCAUCUCUUAUGAGGUAGAGGUAUGGAGUAUUUUACUGUGUGUAAAAUGCAAGAAUCUGGAAUUAUCUAUGUGCUGGUGAAUGAGGGCAAGACUGUAUUCAGUGCCUUACAAGCCUAAUCUAUAAAAUCCAGUAAAACAGAUUAUAUGUGUGCAU